CGAGUCACAUCACCUGGCAACCUUGUUAUAUAUUUAUCCAAACCGACUCCGCAUAAUCUUAAUGAAGACCUUAUUUUCUCUCUUCUUUUCAGUCCUCCUUUUCUCUUCUCUCGCUGCUCAAUGCUCUAUUCGGGGUGAGAUAAAUGACGUUUUCCUUCCCUUGCCAGAGACUUCCAAGGGCCUCGCAAUCGGCCCCGAGGGAUAUGUAGUUGAAUCUUAUGGUGGGGGCGUGUAUAUGGUUACUGAUGGCUCAUACCAAUGUCUCUUCGUCGCGUCUACAAAAGGUGUCAUUUUAGUAGACUUACCUCCAACGAUCGGCAAAAAUAUCUUCUUCGCCAUUGGCAACAUUACCGAUAAGCCGAUUACUCAUUUCGUGUAUUCCCAUUCACAUGCUGACCACAUCGGCACGGCAGCACUGGUCGCGAAGCCCGGUGUCGAAGUCAUUGCACACGAAGAUACUACCGAACUUCUACGUACAUAUGCAGACCCAAGUCGGCCAAUUCCAACAAAAUCAUUCGAGCACGAUUACGUUGUAAAUUCAGGGAACCAAACUGUCCACCUCUCUUACAAAGGCGAAAAUCACUGCCGAGGAAAUAUUUUUAUCUAUGCCCCGUCCGCUCAUGUCCUCAUGCUUGUGGACGUUGUAUUUCCAGGCUGGGCUCCAUUCUCUCAGCUCGCAGUUUCUAGUAACAUUCCCGGCUGGAUCAACGCACACACCCAGAUCCUGAAAGACUACCCCAAAAUGAAACAUUACAUUGGGGGCCAUCUUGGACGGUCGGGAAAUCGACAGGACGUACUCAUUCAGCAGGAAUAUAUGGAUGAUUUACGCACUGCAUGCACAGCCGCAAUCGAAUUGACAGCUACAACAGACCCGGUACUUGGCGCGAUGCAUAUUCAGGACACGGUUUUGGCGGCGAAUCCAGGAAAUUAUUGGGCUGUUUUCAAGGUGUAUUUGGACCUGGUUGCGGAAAGGUGUGCCAAUGUGACGAAUGAGAAGUGGUUGGGCAAAUUAGGUGGUGUGGAUGUGUUUGCGUUUGAAAGCGCAUAUGCGAUGGUUGAGCAUUUGAGGCUGGACUAUAACGUUCUUGGGCCGUUCCGGAAUGUGUAAUGCUAGCCUAGUCACACGAAGGAAACAUUUGACGAAGGUGAUAAGCUAGCGUUCAUGACCCUGAGUUACUGAUAUAUACUGUCUACUGGCUUUUUUAGCGGUUCACCUCUAUUCUCGAGCUUGGCGUUUGUGGCUCCGUUGCUACAGAUAUUGCCGUCUUACCGGAGCUUCAGGAACGCCUUGCUGCUUACGGCCCC